AUGCACGAAGGGCUGGAAAGCCUUCAUGACCAUAUCGUCUAUGAGCCGCAUUGUGGAGUUAUCCAGAUUACAGGCAUUGCAUUCCUUUGCUUCCAGACCUCCCUCCAAAGAGAAGUCUGCAUCUGUGUAACAGUGGCUGCAGCCUUCUCCAUCCAGCUGAGAGUGAAAUUGUGUGUGAAAGAGGAGUCAGGGUACCCUGUCUGGCACACAGCGCAGAUUACCAAGACUCCUGCACUUGCUGGCAGCUCAGCUGCGUGCUCAAGGAUGCUGCAUCUGAAAGUCCAGUUCUUGGAUGACUCCCAGAAGAUCUUUGUAGUGGAUCAAAAGUCCUCUGGCAAAGGGUUGUUCAACCUGAGUUGCAGCCACCUGCGCCUGGCGGAGAAGGAAUACUUCGGACUGGAAUUCCAAAGCCAGGCCGGAAACAAUGUUUGGCUGGAGCUUCUAAAACCCAUAACAAAACAGAUGAAAAAUCCUAAGGAGGUUCUUUUCAAAUUUAUGGUGAAAUUUUUCCCAGUGGACCCAGGACAUCUGAGAGAAGAGUUGACAAGGUAUCUCUUUACCCUUCAAAUCAAGAGGGACCUGGCAGGCGGGAGGCUCCCCUGCAGUGAGAACAGUGCCGCUUUGCUGGUGUCACACCUCUUGCAGUCUGAGCUGGGGGACUUUUACGAAGAAACAGAUAAGAAGCACCUGGAGAGCCACCAGUAUUUACCCAACCAGAAAUAUUUAGAUGAUAAGAUCAUGCAUUAUCACCAGAAGCACGUUGGGAAGACGCCAGCUGAGUCGGACGUUCACCUGUUGGACAUAGCCAGGAAGUUAGAAAUGUAUGGGAUUAGACCCCACCCUGCAAGUGAUGGGGAAGGGACGCAGAUCAAUCUGGCUGUCACGCACAUGGGAGUGCUGGUUUUACGGGGGAACACAAAGAUCAACACAUUCAACUGGGCCAAAAUUCGGAAACUGAGUUUUAAGCGGAAACAUUUUCUAAUCAAACUACAUGCAAAUAUCUCUGCUUUGUGCAAGGACACCUUAGAGUUUACCAUGGCAAGCAGAGAUGCAUGCAAAGCGUUUUGGAAGACGUGUGUGGAGUACCAUGCUUUUUUCCGACUCUCCGAAGAACCAAAAUCCAAGCCCAAAGCCCUCCUGUGCAGCAAAGGUUCAAGUUUCCGCUAUAGCGGCAGAACCCAACGGCAGCUGCUGGAGCACGGGCGCAAGGGGAAGCGGACGAGCGCGCCGUUUGAGAGGAAACACUACCCGGCUCGGUACCAUGAAAGGCAGUGCCGCUCGUCCCCGGACCUCCUCACAGACGUGUCCAAACAGGUUGAAGACCUGCGCCUGGCCUACGGCAGCAGAGCCUGUUACCGGAACACCAACGGGGUCCAUGCGUCGGAUCCCAUGCUGGACAGCAGGCGGCGGAAUUCCUCCGUGGAGGUGACGUUCGCAGCGGAGCUGGAGCGCUCCAAGCCUGAAGCUGACCCCAGGCUCCUGCCCCAUUCCAAAAGCAGCUCGGCCUUCCCGUUGGCCUACGCCGAGCUGGAGCUGGAGUGGGAGCCGGCCGACGGCUUUGGGCAGCGCCGCCCGCUGACCUCCUUCCAGCCCAGCCACACGCUCGCUGGAAACAGUAAAAGCACCUCGGUUGGCAACAUGCGGGAGGUCACCUCCAGGCAGCUGAGCUACACAGAUGUGCCCUACGUCCCUUCCGCCAGCCAGCCGCUGGAGACGACGGCUCCGCAAGUGUUCUUCUACGUGGACAGGCCUCCCCUGGGACCACGCCUCACGCCAGCCGCCGCCGAGGAAGCAGGGAGGGGGCUGAGUGGCCCUGGCCCCAUGUCAAUGAAACCUCCCAAGAGAUGGCCAGGCCCGGCCUGGAUGAAGGAGCUGCAGCCCGAGGCCUUGCCCAGGACUUGCUGUGUUAACAGGCACCUGGAAGAGGAGAGCAGAGCCCUGGCUGGGGCUUUUGACUACAGCAUUCAAGAGCAACUGCCCAGAAGAUCCUGGAGCCAGUCCGAUAUGAAAACCAUCCAUUUCCCAUCUGGGUCGGAGUUCAGGCCGCUGGGCCCUUGCCCUGCUCUGAGCAGUAGAAAAGCGAGUAUCUUACGGUCCGUGCUCGCCCAGCAAGGGCUGUCCAACCCCACCGCAGCUCCACGCCCGGCCGAACGCGGCGUGACCAGCGGGACCGAGUCCAGCGACUCCGACCCGGAUCUCCUGAACGCUGAUUACUACUCUCUGUAUGGCCGGGUAGGAAAGUCGCCCCUGGCCCGGGUGCGUCUGUCCUCGGGCAGCCUCCAGCUGGAGGAGGAGGAUGAAGAGGUGUCCUUUGCGACAAGCAGCGCAGAAGCAAGGACUUCAAUGGGCAGGUCCAGUUAUUUCACGUAACCGUCUCCAAUUGGCUUGAGCGCGCAGAGAUUUCCAAAGCCAGCUUGAAGGAACAGGAAAGUCAUUUUUGUGUGGUGCUGCUCCCUCCUCCUUGCUAAGCGUUGUGACGGGCUAGUGUUGCGUGAGUACAAUCAGCUGUAGAGACUGUGUUAAUGGACGACAGGGGAGCUCUAGGACAUAAAGAUCUAGGCAACAGGCAAGAAAAAAGUAGCCAACAGCGGGCACCCCAGCAAAAUCUCCUACAUCGAGGUUCUCAACCAACUGGGGGUCAGCUAGUCACGUCCACUGGGCUCACCCCAACUGCGAAAUGGCAAGCAAGUGCCAGUCAGUUCAUGGCUACUGGGGAGCAAGGGUCCUGAUGCAUGAAAGGUGGAGAACCACUGUCUGACAGCACGGCCACAGAAACGUCACCUCCGUGCUCCUCCGCGAGGGCAUAGAUUAAAUGAAAGCUGCUAAAAUGUCUGUUUCUAAGGGCGAGAGAGCGAGACCCCCAAGCUGGCCCGAAUGCCACUGGGAGCCGGUUUGGGAAGACUGGUGAGUGCGCUAAGUGAACGUUUGUUAUGGCAGCUCCAUAUGCCCCAGCUCCUGAUCACAAUGGAACCCACUCUGUGACACCAACCGCUUGGAUUUUGACGCUGCCACAUAAUUCACGCUGGCGAGGAGCGCCUCUCUUCUCACCAAGGCUGGUGCAGCAGAGAGCCUCGGCCAAGCCUCUAGCCAGGUUGGCUCCAGUACGUUGGGGUUGCAGCCCAGUGUGUUGGCCACCGGCAUCCAGAUUUGUGUAGGGAGCGAAUGCCGCCUUUUCCCCAGCCAGAGCAUCUUCCGCCAAAGACGCUGCCGAGACACAGAUUUUGUACGUCUGUUUGUCAGUCGUUUGUGGUGGCUGCCCUGCAGGCUGCCCCCACCUGCGGUGAGGCGGGAAGGUACUUCCCAUUACAACUGACCGUGUCUUUGCCACUCACGUCCACCUCUCUCCUUCCUUCCGCUAAGGGACAGCCUGUGGCCAUACAAGCACUGCCUGGUGUGGGCCCAAACCUGGGAGGAGACACACGUUGAGCUCCCAGAGACAUAGGCUUCUCGAGCCCUCAAUUCAAGAGACCGGGGCGGAAUCACUGAGGGGAAGGCGAGAACACUUCAGGCUGGCUGAACCGUCCCGCCCGUCAGUAGUGAAUGGACCAGCCGACGCACAAACACGGCGCUCACCUGGAAUAACCUGUAACGGGGGAGUGCUGUGCAGCCGGACAGGCUCCCAGUGGCACGCCCAAGUUGCAAAGUAAGACACUGUGGUUACUAGAGAAGGCCCAAAAAAAAAGGAACAUAUUUUUGCAAAAAAAUGUUGCCUUUUUGUGUGUGGAAAAAUUUCAGAUAUUGAUGUUUUCUGACCAGCUUUUGUAUUUACCAACCACAGGGCCAGGAAAGUGGCAAUACUUGGUCUGAACCUGGUAUUUUAGUUGUUAAAACAUCUAAUUUUCCCUGAA